AUGUUGGCCGUUAAGAACUUUUUUAUGCCCGAAAAGAGGGUGGAUUCACCUAGAUUUUCUAGGAUGCCGGAGGCUUUGAUGAGGUCUAUUCGUCGUCGGUCUUUGAGGGUUAAAAGGACGAAGUCGCUUGUUCUAGUCAAUGAAAAACGGAAGUCUGAUUCAUUCGUGAACAGCCAAGAAUGGACGUCAGCGCGUGGUGUAACAGAACUGCGAGUGGGUGUUCUUGGUUCGCCAGAUAGUGGUAAAUCAGCACUAGUACAUAGGUAUCUCACUGGUGCUUAUAUGCAAGAGGAAAGUCCAGAAGGUGGUAGGUUCAAGAAGGAAGUUAUCAUCGACGGACAUAGUUAUCUUUUACUGAUAAGAGAUGAAGGUGGGCCUCCGGAAAUGCAAUUCACUGCUUGGGUGGAUGCUGUUAUCUUUGUAUUUAGUUUGGAGAACGAAGUUAGUUAUAAUACAAUUUCCAACUAUUUCAACAAGAUGUCGCACUAUCGAAACUCAGCUGAAAUACCAAUUAUAUUAGUAGGAACCCAAGAUGCCAUAAGUGAAAGCAGUCCGCGCGUUGUCGAUGAUAAUCGUGCUCGCAAGUUAUCUAAUGAACUCCGAAGGUGUUCUUACUAUGAGACCUGUGCAACGUAUGGGUUGAACGUCGAUCGUGUUUUUCAAGAUGUUUUAGAAAAUACUGUAAACAUAAAUGGAAAUAUGGAUAAAACGCUUAUUUUCAAGUCGAAUAUGUCGCCAAUAUCGAGUUUGAGGCGUAGGAGUUCGUGCUACAACAUACAAAGAGCUGAAGAACGCGAUCGUCGCAAGUCUUCUAAAUUUGAAUCAUGUCAAAAAAUCGUCGGCACAAGAUUGUCAGCAUCGUCCCAAUGUUUGUCUGGUUCGAGGCCGGUUACUCCACAGCCGCUGGCGAACUCACCAAGCCAUAACCAUUCCACAUUUCUUUAUAAGGACUCCCUACCUCGAAGUCAUCACACACUAUCAGCUUCAUCACAUCACUUACAUAGAGGAGCAUCAUCUUUUGAUGCAUCUUCAAAUAGUAGUGGAAUAUCCUCAACUCAUGUUGUUGAAAUACACAGCACAAAUGGAUCAGAUACGUCAUCAAGAUGGGGCAAUUCUUUAGGAAAUCGCGUCGACGAUCAAAUCUAUUUACACCAUCUAAAAAAAGGUGAUGAUCGACUCAAAAAUGGAGAGCUAGGGUCUGGGCGAGCAAUACCUUUGAAACAGGGUUACUUGUAUAAGAAGAGCAGCAAAGCCUUAAAUAAGGAAUGGAAGAAAAAGUAUGUAACCUUAUGUGAUGAUGGAAGGUUGACAUAUCACCCAAGUUUACAUGAUUAUAUGGAAGAUGUAAAUGGCAAGGAGAUAGCCUUACAGUAUGUGACUGUCAAAGUACCAGGUCAAAAACCUCGAGGCUCUAAAUCGAUAAUCACAACAGUGCCUGGUUAUAAUGGAUAUACAAGUUUUGAUAUACAUGACAGUAUUGGAGGGUUAUCACUUGGCUACAAAGAGAAACCCACUCGUGCCACAGAUAAAGCUCUCAUGUCUGCCUUUGAAGCAAUGAAAGAACCAGCAUCUAGUCGACAAUCGUUGGCCUCAGAAAUAGAUGUAGCGACAAAUGGAGGAGAUAAGGAUACGCCCCACGUUAAGAAGCGACACAGAAGAAUGAAAAGCAGUGGCGUUAAAAAAGAUGGUGAAGAAGAGGGUGAGAGUGCAACGUCAUGUGAGUUCACGAUUGUCAGUCUGGACGGCAAACGGUGGCGGUGGGAAGUCUGCAGUGGCAGCAGUCCAGCUGCCGCAGCCGCUGAGAGGGAUGCCUGGGUUUGUGCUGUAGAAGCACAGAUACUCGCUUCGCUUCAGGGACGGACGUCUAGACAGCCAGCGCCAACUGGUGCCAACUCCACCGGCGAUGUUCGAGCGACAUACUACAUUAGACGAGUGAAAGGAAACGACAAGUGCUGUGAUUGUGGCGCGGGAGAUCCCGAUUGGGCUAGUUUGAAUCUAGGCGUGUUAAUAUGUAUCGAAUGCUCAGGGAUACACAGGAAUCUAGGAUCGCAUAUAUCCAGGGUCCGAUCGCUCGAUUUAGAUGAAUGGCCACUGGGCCACGUUAGUGUAAUGGUGUCGAUGGGAAACACGUUAGCCAAUUCGAUAUGGGAAGCUGAUUUGCGGGGUCAUAUCAAGCCUAUAUCCGCUAGCAGUAGGGAGGACAAAGAACGAUGGAUAAGAAUGAAGUACGAGCGCCGAGCGUUCCUGUCGAGUACGGAGACGAACGGUGCGUCUUCUGUUGGCGAGGCGCUCAAGGGUGCUGCGGCCCGGGGUGGUAUCGCAACAAUCGCUCGUUUGCUGGCCGCGCCCCCGCCUCGGGCGCCUUCGCCCACUGAACGCGCGUUGGCACUCCGAGCAGCCGCCGCAGCGGGACAUCUCUCCGCUGCUCAACUACUAAUAUGGCACAACGGCAACCCCAACUUCCCGGACGCGGACGGACACACGUGCGUGUUCUACGCUCGCGCCGCAGCCAAUCACCUUUCAGGAAUUCCCCCACAGUACCCCAAGAACCUGCAGCUGGCCUGCCCCAUGCACCCAUCUCCCCCCCACACUUCAGGGAACACCUCCACCAGUUCCAGCUCCAGCGCGAAAAGCACCAAAACGCCGGAAAUGGAAUGUAAUUGUAUCAUAUUCGAAUUGCUUAAUGCACAGAGUGCUGCCAACGCCCUCGUGGAUAUCCUACUCGGACUGCAGAAUAACCAGUUCGUUAAUAAUGGCUUCGACAUGGCAGUCGGUGGCUUCGCCACGUUAGGACGACCGUCCCUCGGUCCCAACUUGUCUCUGACGAACGGGAAAUGUGGGAGCAUUGUAUAA